AUGUUCCCUUACCGUACCACCAAUCCCAGAAACGUCCCGCAAGUGAGUACCGAGGAGUGUCUUCGCCACGACAUCUCCUUGAUCAAUGACAUUCUCGACAAUGCCGCGAUGAUUGCAGGUCCGGCACUUCCACCUCUACUACGCCAAUUGCCGCAACUGAACCAGCGUCUAAGCGAAACAUAUCCUGUUUUUAUUAGAUUUGCCCAGACCAGCCCGCAAAGCCUUGUACAUUGGAGGUUCUGUCAAGAACAUUUGCGAAAAAUGGCUCAGCUUAACCUGAGUGAUCCAGUAGGCUCCUUCAAUACCAUGAGGCUGUCAUGGAGGAGUUCUCAGCAGACGCAUCGCGCAUUUCCAUCGCCUCAGCCAGGCCAUGGGUUGCCGAUGCGACAGAAUGCCAAUGGAUUUUUAUCUACCAGGCAGGUUCACGUGGCUCCGGACCUGCAACAGAUCAAUCCCCCGUGCGCUCUGGGGACUCCAGAUAGGACACAACAUUAUCAACACGGUAGCCAGCUACAGCAUUACCGGCCAAUAUAUAAUGCCUUCCAAAAUCUGCAACCCGUCUAUAAUCAUCACAUUGCUGGUCCUAAUUUUGCCCCGCAAGAUUCAACAUCAAGUGUCAACUUUCCCCUGAAUACCCGCGCAGUAGAACAAUGGGUACAAUCUGGAUCUACUACUGUGCCAGUACAUCCCACUAUCAGGAAUGCAACACUACCCGGAAACCGAUUCAGUCCUCUACCGAGCCCUGCCCCUUAUACCCCUCCGGCGAGCUCUCGACCUACACCUAGGCCGCCACAACCUUCCAAUCUUCGCCGGGCUGCCCCCAGUACACCAUCUCUCCCCAGCCCUCGACAUCUCGCACCGGCAAAACCACGGGCUACUAAGCCGUCAGAACCCAGGCCCCAUCGUGUCGUCAAACCAGCAGCACCCACUCCUCGCUCAGACCCUCACCCAGAACAAACUCUGGAGCAGGCCCUCAUCCACUUCAACGGCACCCACCCUCCGCCAGAACGUCCGAACCCCUUCAUCCAGCCACCUCGCCCUACCACUCCUGCCCAGUCUCCACUACCACUUCCACCGCCCAAGAGCGUAAUCUCCACUUUGGCUCCAGAACAGCUCAAAGCAGCCCGCAUAGCACACAACAAACGGGUGUUCCGCGAGUUGUACAAGCAAAGUGUGAACGUCCUCGCGUACUGCUUCUACGAACAUCAGGAAGCACGUCGUCCACUGAAGAUGGGAGAGAGACCAAACCAGUACUAUGUAAGCUUCAUCUCGAACCAGAACUUGGAGAAGUACGAGAAGGCGGAGGAUAAGCGUGUGGUACUUUAUGCGAGGGAGAACUGGCAGAUGUGCUGGUCUGUCAAGGACUGGGAGUUGGCGAGGAAAGAGAUGAGGAAGCGGGGGUGGGAGGGACCGACGGAGACGGAUCAUGUGUGGAGGAUUUGGGGGUAA